ACUAAAAAUUGUCAUGAUGACAUCAAAAGUCAAAAUGUGAAAUUUUUGUCAACCCAUUCACUCGUUCGGCUCUAUUCUUGUCUAAAUUUUUUGUAAAACGUAACUUUUAGUGAAGAUUUACUAAACCAAAUGCAGUGGAAACACGACAUAUAAUGCCUUCCAAUAGAGAAGUCAUUCAAAUACACAUAGGACAAGCUGGAAUUCAAAUCGCAAACGCCUGUUGGGAGCUAUAUUGUUUAGAACACGCCAUUCAGCCUGAUGGUUUACUUUAUCCCGGUUAUCACCGAAACCAAAGUGAUGACAGCUAUAACGCCUUUUUCUCGAUUUCUGCGGCCGGGAAAGCUGUACCACGGGUCGUAAUGGUUGAUUUAGAACCGACAGCGAUAGAUGAAAUACGAACGGGUCAUUAUCGACAUCUUUUCCACCCCGAGCAACUACUAACAGGCAAAGAGGAUGCAGCUAAUAAUUACGCAAGAGGGUAUUACACUGUAGGUAGCGAAAUGAUAGAUUUAGCUUUAGAUAGAACGCGAAAAGUAGCAGAUGAUUGCAACUCUUUGCAAGGAUUUAUUUUUUUUCGUGCUUUCGGGGGAGGUACAGGGUCAGGAUUUACUACGCUCCUUUUGGAGAGAAUGACAAUGGACUAUGGAAAAACAAGUAAACUGGAAUUCGCCGUUUAUCCUGCACCACGAAUAUCACCAGUAAUUGUUGAACCCUAUAACGCUGUCCUUACAACCCACGGAUGUAUCGAGUACGAAGAUGUCUGUUUCAUUAUGGAUAACGAGGCAGUUUAUGACAUUCUAGCACGAAACUUAGACGUUCAAAGACCCACCUACACCAAUCUUAACAGACUUUUAGGACAAGUAGUGUCUGCAGUUACAGCUUCUCUGCGGUUUGAAGGAGCAGUUAAUGUAGAUUUAGCAGAGUUUCAAACAAACUUGGUGCCUUAUCCCAGAAUUCAUUUCCCGUUAAUAACAUAUGCCCCAUUUGUAUCAGCUACAAAAGCAUAUCAUGAACAGUUGUCUGUGGCACAGUUAACAAAUUCUUGUUUUGAACCGGCGAACCAAAUGGUAAAAUGUGACCCCAGACACGGAAAAUAUAUGUCUUGUUGUUUAUUGUAUCGCGGUGAUGUGACACCUACUGAUGUAAACAGCGCUAUUCAAAAUAUCAAAACUAAAAGAAGUAUCAUGUUUGUGGACUGGUCACCCACUGGUUUUAAAGUUGGUAUUAAUUAUCAACCUCCUACAACGGUUCCUGGCGGCGAUUUGGCAAGAGUCACAAGAGCAGUUACCAUGUUAUCUAAUACUUCAGCAAUUAAGGAAGCAUGGCAAAGAAUAGUGCACAAAUUUAACCUGAUGUAUGCAAAAAGGUCUUUCAUACAUCAUUAUGUUGGUGAAGGGAUGGAAGAAGGGGAAUUUACUGACGCCAAGGAAGAUUUAACUGCUUUGGUGUUGGAUUAUAAAGAAGUAGAUAGUGAUAGUGUCUAAUACCUACAUUUAUUGUUAACCUUGAGCCAACGGAUUUGCAUGAAUUGUAAUGCUAUUUAUUCUUAUGUCAUUUA